AUGUCAACUACAGAGGGUCUUCCGGAUCCCGACUACCUCGGAGAUUUCGAACAGAAGCUACCUCUCAUUCGGAAGAUCUAUGGAUCGUUGGACGAAAUCACGAUGCCUGAACUUAAGACAGCUCGGUUUUGGAGCGGUCUUUGGGUCCUCGACGUUCACUCUUUAGUGGACAUUGCAGAAAAGUUGGAGGAAAUUGAUCAGAACGGGAAGGAUUCUGGGGUGGCACAGUUUGAUGAGGAAAUCUUGGGCGAUACAGCAUCCUCUGCGACAAAGAAAUGCCGAGCUUCCUCAUCUGAGCAGUCGGCUGCACCCAAGAAGACGCUCCAGGAGCCGCCCAAGCGAACACGCAACAAAGCAAAAUCCGAUGAGGCACUGGGACGCGACAAUAAACGGUGUAUUGUCACAAAUAUGGAACUGCCUCAAGUCUGCCAUAUUGUUCCCUUUGCUCUGUCGAACUGCGAGGGGAUGUUGUGGUCCUUGCUUCAUGGAAUGAAAGCCUGGGAUGGCGAGGACGCAAUGAACAAAGUUCAAUUUAUCUUGUGCGAAGAAGACGACGAUAGUAUCAUUGAUGAGCCGGCCAACAUGCUCUGCCUGAAUGCCAAACUGCACGAGUACUGGGCAGACGGCAAAUUCAUGCUCAAGCCCAAUGGAAAACCAUACAUGGUGGCUAUGGAAGACGACAGCGUUACGGCGGAGCGCCAAACUGCCAAUCAGUCAAAUUCCCGUCACUCUAUGAGAACGCGAAGCGCCGCAAAAAGGAUGGUCAACAAGCUUCGAUGGUGUCAGGAAAUGACUUUCCAUUGGCUUCGAUGGACAAACAUCAAGAUGACGGAUCGUGUCAACUACGUCUGGGAUCCUCGCGACGAGUUCCAGACCCGUGAUCACGAGACACUUGGGGCAACGAGUCCGGACCCAUGGGAAACUGUGACCGACGGAAAGCUGAUCAAGGUCUACGCCGAUCGCGAAGCCGACCUCCCGCGCUACGAUCUAUUGCAACUGCAGGCCAAUCUAGUCACAGGAUUCUCGCUAACAGCAGGUGCCGAUCCGAAAUCCUACGACUCUGACGGCGAGGACUUAUAUGACUUCUUUUAG